AUGAGAGACGAACGCAAAGGAAAGCUGCUGGUAAGGUAUCGGGCAGUACUCACAGACCUGUCAAACAUAAGUGGUUGUUUCGGAAUGGUGCCAGUCAGUGGCUCAGCUGAAAGCAUUGCCCAAGUCACAGAUGCUUUGAUGGAAGCAUUUUGUGUUGAGAAGAAGCACCCCCCUCGGGCUUCCAAAGUGGAAGAGUCAGCAGUAGACACAAGUUUGCUUCAGCACCUGCGAGACAGCGUCACUAUCAUUGUGACCGAUGCAGCUGCAUCAGAACAGCUUGCGACAGACUUGCAUCGUGGACGUAGGAAUGCUGCCGAUGACAAGCUCAAGUGCAUCAUGACCGAAUGGUGUCACGGCGCCAAUUCCUUUGCACAGAAAGUUCAGCAUAGCACGGUUCUGUCGCAGUGGUGGGCUGCGGCCGUCGAAUGCCGCGACGAAGGGUCCGACUACUUGAAUCCACUGUCAAGGAUUUGCAAGAAUAUGCAAACCGUCUUCAAAGUUUGCAGCCGCUUGCAAGCGAUGCGAGGCUCAGAAGCAGUUUGGGCCAUUCAGCUCUGUCGCAAUUUCACUUCCUACAAGGCGGUUUUGCUCACCAUGGCAGCAGAUGCAUGCGCUAUUAGCAACGAUUACACAAGAGAAUGUGAUAGAGAAGACAUGGAUGUGGCGCAGCUCAAUUUGCGUGCCCAGCGCUUCAUUUGUUCUGCAAGGGCGCUAUUUGUGGAACACAAGGUUUGCACCUUACCUUCCUUCACAAAGGAUCUCCUGCUCAGACGGGAGCCAGUGACGGUUCCCCAGGACGGUUUCGCCCUAGAAGUCCGAGUGACUCAGGCUGACCUGGACAAGGCUUUUGCAGUCAUGGAGGAAUGGGUGGCACUGGCAGAGGAAGUGGUCGCCCAUGAGUUUCCAAGUUGGCAUCUCUUCGCCGCCUUUCAAGUUUUCCAUUUGUCUGAAUCCAAGGAAACAGAGGAGCAUGAAAAAGUUCUGCGGAACUUAGAGCGGCUGGCAAAAACUUUCAAGGUAUCUCCGGACACCUUGAAAAGGGAGUUCACACAAGUGCAGCCAACUGCCACGGCAUUGAAAAAGUCGGCCGGUCUGACAAACAGAGAAGCUUGGCGACAAGCGAUUCUACGGGUCGGACACCGACGGCCGCAACAGAAAGCUGGCGGAGGCGCUUUGUUCAGCGUCCUGGCGGGCUACCAGGCUUGGAGGCUUGGACUGCAUCCAGCAGCGGCGUCGAGCAAUUGUUCAGCAAUUGAAGAAUUCUCCGACGGAGCAAUCCACAUCCACUGGCAAGUCUGCGCUUGA